CGGGCCUCCGCCUCCCUCUCCGCCGCUCCAGCAGCUCCCUCCGCCGUCGGGCUUGGCCGUCGGGAGCGUGAUGGCGGCGCACCGGGGACCCUCCACCAAGUGGCUCUUCACCCGGGAGCACCUGGACAACACGCCGUCCCGCCGCUGCGGCAUCGAGGCGGACCGGGAGCUCUCGUACCGGCAGCAGGCCGCCAACCUCAUCCAGGACAUCGGCCAGAGGCUCAACGUCUCCCAGCUCAUCAUCAACACCGCCAUUGUUUACAUGCACCGGUUCUACAUGAUCCACUCCUUCACCAAGUUCCACAGGAAUAUCAUUUCCCAGACCACGUUGUUCCUGGCAGCCAAGGUGGAGGAGCAGCCCCGGAAGCUGGAGCAUGUCAUCAAGAUCGCCCAUGCCUGCAUCAGCCCGCAGGAGCCGGCCAUGGACGCCAAGAGCAACGCAUUCCAGCUGCAUGCUCAGGAGCUCGUAGCCCUGGAAACCAUCGUGCUGCAAACACUCGGCUUUGAAAUAACAGUCGAUCAUCCGCAUACAGACGUUGUGAGAUGUUCCCAGCUUGUUCGAGCGAGCAAGGAUCUGGCACAGACUUCCUAUUUCAUGGCUACCAACAGCUUGCACCUCACCACCUUCUGCCUGCAGUACCGGCCCACGGUGGUGGCCUGCGUCUGCAUCCACCUGGCCUGCAAGUGGUCCAACUGGGAGAUCCCCGUCUCCACCGACGGCAAGCACUGGUGGGAGUACGUGGACCGCAGCGUCACGCUGCAGCUGCUGGACGAGCUCACGCACGAGUUCCUUCAGAUCCUGGAGAAGACGCCCAGCAAGCUGAAGAGGAUCCGGAACUGGAGGGCGAUCCAAGCAGCGAAGAAGCCAAAGACGGACGGCUCGGCGGCGGACGGCGCCUUCCAGGGGACGUCCCUAGAGAGCCUCUCUGGCGUCGCUGGCUCCUUCUUCCCCUCCACGUCGUCGUCGGACUCGUCCGACGUCCCCGCCCUCAACGCCAUCGCCGCCUCCUACGCCUCGUACCAGCCGCUGGGCGACCAGCAGUUCCCCCAGGUGGCGGCGGCGGCGGCAGCGCCGCCACCGCACUCGGACUUCACGCUGGUCAAACAUAAACAUAAAACUUCCGGCGGCGGCGAGCGGCCGCAGAAAGUCUUGACUCUGGAGAAAUACCGCGAGAAGCACGCGGCCGAGCUCGCGCUGCAGAACGGCGGCGUGAAGGACGAGGCGAGCGCGGACACGUACCACCACCACCACCACCACAGGAAGCGCUCGCUGCCGCCGGCGCUGCCGGCAGGCGACGGCCGGCGGGACAAGCCGAGCUCCAAGAAGCCCCGUCCGGCGCCCGAGAACGGCUCGGCCGCCGGCGAGGAGCUCAAGAUGCGGAUCAAGGUUUCGUCGGAGAGCAAGCACAAGGAGCACCGCCACUCCAAACACGGCGGCGGCAGGACGGCGGCGGCGGCGGCAACGGCGUCCGCCGGCCAUCACCACAAGAGGCCGCACUCGGACGCCAACCACCACCACCACCACAACAACCACCAUCAUCACCACCACAACAACAACAACAACCACCACAACCACCACCACCACUCGUCCAAGAGCCGCGGCUCCAAAGGGGGCGUCGGCUCCGCCCACUACGACGGCGUGAGCAGCGGCCAGCGGGCGGCCGAACACCACGACUUGACCAACGGCGCGCCGCCGCCCGCCAACGGGCAACACACCGACUACAAAGACACUUUCGACAUGCUGGACUCGUUACUAAGUGCCCAAGGAAUGAACUUGUAGCCCCGCCCACCUCCUCCUCCUCAACAAGCCCCGCCCCCUGCAGUAUUACACUGUAAAAAAAAAUCAAAUAUGAGCAAGUUUUUUAAACUUGCGUUGAGUGGAAACGUCUCAUUUUAACUUGUUCUAAUGGUGGAUUUUUUUUUUUUUACUUAUUGCAACGUAAAAGCAUCUUAAUUACGGAAAAAAAUCCACCAAUAGAACAAGUUGUUUUCAAAAUUGUCUUGAUUUCAGAAAAUCUCCCUCAAGUUAUCUUUUAUUUUGCUGAAAUCUAAUUUUUAAAUACGUUUUUUUCAAAUCAAGUAAAAUGAGACAUUUUCCCUCAAAACAAGUUUUAAAACCUUACUCAGAUUUUGAUUUUUUUUUUGACAGUGUGCCAUGUCCAAUAGAUUUUAAAAGAUGGAAAAAAAGAGUUUUAUUUGUCUUAAGUUAUCUGAUCCACACACUGAUCCAAACUGUCCAGAUGUAAAUGUUCCGUUAGCUGCUAGCCGUUAGCCGCUAGCCUGCUAGCUUGCGACGGGAAAAGAUUUUUAAAAAAAAAAGUCGUCCUUUUAAUGAUUUUAAACGUGCAUGUUCGCAAGUCACGAAAGGGAAGAGAAGAAAAAAACGUAGCGACAGUUUACAGGAUUUUUUUUUUUCUUAUUUUUAAAAAGUUUUUCGUUCCACUGAAAAAUCUCAGGUCUUGAACUCUGUUUUAUAAAAACAAAUCUUCCUCCUCCGUCGUCACGGCGACGCUGAUGUAAACAACUCCUCCCUCUUGCGCCGAGACGGACGAAACGCCGGCGAACAUCGUCUGUUUUUUGGUUUUUUUUGUUUAUAUUUUUUUCCGAAAAAUUCAACAACAAAAAAAUUCUCGAUGAUUUAAAUGUGCUGACUCGUUUAUCCGCGUUUUUAAAGAUAAAUUUAAAAAAAAAAAAAAGUGAAAAUUCGCCGAACGGUGAUUGUAAUUCGCCGGAGUUUCCAGAAGAAAAAAAACAAAAAACACUUGAGUG